AUGACAGUCUGGGACCAGAAAGGUCGUGCCGCAAUUCUUGCCGCGGUUGAAGCCGCCUGUGAUACGGUUGGAAAGGAUCUCGACGCAGAAUUUCGUGAAAAGGAUGCGUUAUCUGCGGUCGAGAGGGAAGCGCUGAUGGCCAAAGUGGAUCAACUAGAAAAGAUGAACCAGGCGUUGAUGAGAAAUCUCGAGGAACUCAUCAAGAAAGUCAACCCGGUAUCGUCUUUGGCUGUCUCAAAGGGAACUACUAGCAGCGAUCAAGAAACCCCAGCCUCAUCAGACACUCUCUUGGAGGUGCCACAACAAUCGACAGGUGCAACGUCACGUUCAAUCCUUGCAGAAAUCUCGCCUAACACGGUUACCGGGACAACACGCGCUACUGUCGAGGAUGCUGGUGCGGAAACGCACAAGGACAAAGAAUUGGCGGCCUUGAAGAAACACUGCAAAUUGCUGCAAGCGAAAUAUGAUGCGAAAAAGGACAUCGCACGGCGGAUCGUUGAUCAGCGUAAUCAAUGGUUAAAGUAUGCCGAACAUUUAGAACGAAAGCUUGAGGAGCUUACCGGAACAAAACACCAAGAGGAGGGUAACCCACAUCGUUUAGCGCUAUCCGCUACAGUGCCAGAUCAAUUGCCCACUCUUCCAAGGGAAAAUGAUACAGCACACGAAGUGGCCAUUAAGGAAGAGCCAUCUUCAGAUGGGCCUGUGGUCAUCUCCGAGAAGCGUGUCCGGAAGAGGAGGAAUAGCGACACCAGUGGUGAAGCAAGGCCUAAUCCUCGCAGAACUAAGAGAGAGAGCUCGGAUCCUGUCAUCACAAGCGUGGUGCCUGCCUUCAUACCACAAGAGAGUAUCGACCUCAAUGAGACAACAUAUGUCAUGCCUACACCCAAGAAGCGUAGACACCGGGACCCACCUCGACCACCAGCCAACGAUGCCGCAGAAGAACCGACAACUGGCCAGCCAGCUUUUGCACCAAGCAAAGGCAGAGCCAAUGCCACUUCCGGCACCCCCAAACCAGUGGCACGGUCAAAGUCCAGACUCGGCCAUGCCAUAGCUGAAGUCGCAGAAGACAGCUCCGAGCCUCCUGAUCUCGAAAAGGAACAAGGCAAAGAUGGACCGUCUGACUCGGCCACGCCAAAGCCUGGAAGAUUACAAAGCCUUCUGAAUACCAACACACCGCUACAGCGGGAGCAGCCUCUACAAACGCCGGUUAAGGUUCCGGCGGUCGGAGUAGGCAGCCACAGCGCUCCAAACUUGCGGCGUGCUCGAGAGAUGGCCAAGUCGACUCCGCUCCGAGAACGGGCGGUUUCUGAAUUGAGACUGGAAGACUUUAAGGUCAAUCCAAAAGCGAACAACGGCUACACUUAUGCUUUUGACGAAGUAGUACGUGGGAGGGCAGAACGUGCUAAGCUUGAGGGUUGCACCGAUCCCAACUGCUGUGGCAGGACUGCCCGUAUCUUGGCAGAGAGCGAGCUCAAUUCAGGUGGCUCAGCUCAUCUUCUGAAAUCAGAAAACAUUGCGUUGAUGGAAGACUACCUGGGGCCAGAGUGCUACCGGCUGGGUACUAUGACGAUGGAUGAGAAGAGGGAGGUCUGGUUGAAGGCCAAGACGAUAGCUGUGGCCAACAGUUUCGGGAAGCACAGGCACCAGUUCGAACGAAGGCGUUCACCUCCGGGUUAUUGGGACCCAGACUUUCCCGGCACACAAGAAGAUCAGGAACGGAGAGAAGAGGCAAACAGGCGGGAGAGAGAGACGAUAGAGAAGAGAUGGCGCGAGGCCAUGCGAGGCAACGGGAAGUGGCUCUUUAGGGAUGAGUAAAGGGUAACCUGACGCAGCCAUUAAGACG